UAGGUGGCGGUAAAGCACCUCGAGGGUGUGAAGUAACAGAAGAAGAAGAAGAAGCAGCGCUGUUUGAAGAACCGGUCAGAGUGAGCUCAUGCUGAUAAACAUGCAGACGCCAGCAGAAUCGAUCAUCCACAGCGGCUAUUUCCACCCGACACUUCGGUUCUGGCAAACCUGCGCUGCAGAUUUGAGACCCGACAAUCUCAUCUACCCAAUCUUCAUCACAGACAGUGAGGAUGCUGUGGAGCCCAUCGGCAGCCUGCCGGGACAGGCCAGAUACGGAGUGAACAAGCUGGAGGGAAUGCUGCGGCCGUUUGUGGAGAAUGGUUUGAAGUGUGUGCUGGUUUUUGGUGUCCCGGUGAAAAUAACUAAGGAUGAGCGCGGUUCGUGCGCUGACACGGACGACACGCCGGCCGUACUGGCGGUGAAGAAGAUCAGAUCUUUAUUUCCAGACCUGCUGGUAGCGUGCGACGUGUGCUUGUGUCCGUACACGUCACAUGGACACUGCGGUAUUCUGAAUGAGGACGGGUCUCUGAACAACGACGCCAGCUGCCUGCGUUUGGCAGAAGUGUCGCUCGCUUAUGCUCGGGCAGGUUGCCAUAUUAUCGCUCCCUCCGACAUGAUGGAUGGAAGAGUCGCAGCCAUAAAACAAGCACUGACAUCCAACGGUUUGGGGAACAAGGUUUCAGUGCUAAGCUACAGCGCAAAGUUUGCCUCUUGUUAUUACGGACCUUUCAGAGAUGCUGCACAGUCCAAGCCUGCUUUUGGGGACAGACGCUGCUAUCAGCUUCCUCCUGGAGCCAGAGGACUCGCCCUCCGCGCUGUGGAGCGAGACGUGAGAGAAGGAGCUGACAUGCUGAUGGUGAAACCAGGUCUGCCGUACCUCGAUAUUUUAAGAGAAGUCAAAAACAAGUUCCCCACUCACCCUCUGGCGGUCUACAACGUGUCGGGGGAGUUUGCCAUGAUGUGGCACGGCGCUGAGGCUGGAGCAUUUGACCUGCGGGCUGCAGUGAUGGAGGCCAUGACCGCCUUCCGCCGGGCAGGUGCUGACAUCAUCAUCACUUACUACACGCCGCAGCUGCUCAGCUGGAUGAAGGAGUGAAGAUCAGAGACAAAUCCUUCAACAGUCACGGUCACAAAAAGGGGCCAAACGUGCUUUUAUUCUCUUAUUGUCCUUGUGUAUAAAGUCGGGAACAGACAGCUGUUUUUAGUUGAUCCGUUUUUCAUUUUAAGCUUUUGAAUCCUGAGGUGAACACUAAGAAUGUAAAACUUGAUGCUCUUCAUGGCAGCAGAAACAUCUGAGUAUGUUGAAUGUAAGAUUGUGCAAACAUCUGAUAUUUAUGAAGUACUUUUACUUCCUCAUAAGCUCAGAGUAGUAAAGUACAGAUAGAGUUUUGGCUUCUUUCAUGGAUGUCACAUAAUUUGCAGAUCAGAGGAUUUAAGAAAAUAUGCUGUGAUCAGACUGACAUUUUUAUUGAAACUAUCGUGACUAUUUUUAUUUGGACUAAUAAAGUACAUAUGAACUUUG